AUGGCUGAAACGGAAAUAAUAUCUAGUAGUGAGAAUAAUGAGCAAUUUUUCGAAGGAGUCGAAAAGCUCAUUGAGAUUUGGUUUACACCGGCAAAAAAUGCAGAUUUGAGAAAAAUCACUCGCCAACAAUGGGAGAAUGUGCUGAAGAUAGUACGUUGUGAGAUCAUCUCUUUCACCCAGAGCGAGCUAGUCGACGCUUAUGUCCUUAGUGAGAGCAGCAUGUUCGUGUCUCGUCGCCGUUGGAUCUUAAAGACUUGCGGCACGACGACACCUCUGCGAUGUGUGCGAGCAGUGCUGAGCCUGGCGCGCGACGUGGCAGGCCACUCGCGCGUCCACAAUGUGUUUUACUCGCGGCGAGAGUUUGCUCGACCCGCCGCGCAGUUACAGCCCCAUGAUAAUUUUGACUCAGAGGUAAAACUUCUCGAUUCAUUCUUUGGCGAUGGGCGCGCAUAUAUCAUGGGUCCUGAGAAGGACUGUUGGUACCUAUACACGCUCCUGCCCUUGGAGGGUACAGUAGACGCCCUGGAGAAAGAACAUUGCGCCGCCAACGAGCUCUUGGAGCCCGACCAGACCAUUGAGAUCCUCAUGUCAGACCUUGAUCCAGCUGUCAUGGAGAUCUUCACAAGACAGUACUCAGCUAAUGCUGCACAAGCCACACGCGAGUCCGGCAUAGACAAAAUAAUCCCGGGGAUGGUCAUAGACGAUUUCCUGUUUGAUCCGUGUGGAUAUUCCAUGAAUGGAGUUGCUAAAGAUGGCUGCUACAUGACGAUCCAUAUAACACCUGAGCCGGCCUGCUCUUAUGUCUCGUUCGAGUCUAACGUGCCCGUGUCGUGCUACGAGGAGGUGAUUACGCGCGUGCUACAGGCCUUCCGGCCGAAUAAGUUCGUGCUCACCGUUUUCGCUACUCCGGACUCCCCGGGCGCGGAAGCCGCGCGACAGCUGAAGAAGUUCCCGGCCCUGGGCACGUACUCGCUGCUGGACGGCCAGCACUGCCGCUUCGCCGGCUACUCGCUGCAGUACGCGCUGUACUGCAAGUUCCCGAGCUGA